AUGGCAUCGCCGAACGACGAAGAGCUCCAGAAUUGUGUCCGAUCCCUGAAGGCAGAACACCCAACACUCGGGAUUCCCAAACUCCAUGCACAGCUGCGGAAAGAUUUUCCCCAGUGGACAGUGAGCGAAAAACGACUGCGAAAAGUACUCGCUAUGCUGGCCGAAUUGUCGUCAGACCAGCCGCACCCAACGUCGAAAGUCGUAGACGGCUUGGAUGUCUCUCACUGGAGCCCGCGAGUCGAAGUCUGUGUGUUUGAUGCAAAGAAAGGCAAGGGGUUGGUUGCAAAGGAAAAGAUAAAGAACAAAGAGGCGAUUUGGGUCGAAGAUCCGUUCAUCAUCGCACCGGAGUGGGAAAUAUACGACAAGAUCCGGGCUGGGACUGCUUGUUCCCAUUGUACAACACUUUUCGCGCAACCGUCCGAUGCUCGGGCCCGAUGUGGCUCUAUUGGGUGUCCCGCUGCCUUUUGCAAUAUCCUGUGUCGUAAACGGGCUAUGGAAAAAACCCAUCCGAUUCUGUGUCCGGCCCAAAACCCGGCUUCACUACCACUCUUGCGGUGGGCGAGAACUCGUGAAUGGCUUGCAGUCCAUGCUUUGACACAGUGCGCCGCCAGACUGGUUGUCGCAAAUAACGCUGGGAGCGAUGUGCUGGCAGCGGAUUGGGCGGUCUUUAGAGCUUGCGCAGCUUUGGGAAUGGAACAUCGUGCGAAGUCAAUUAGAGUGCAGCCAGACCACACUACCUGGAGAGAAGCAUUUGGCUUGUUUUGCGCUGCAUUUCAUCGGCCAUCCACAACACACAAACCUUCAAGUGAAGAGAAACGUGUUGCUAGCAUUUUGCAAAAACCGUUACCUGAAGAAAUCGAAACAGCUUUGUUCGAUUACGACAAGGGCUUCCUGCUGGGGCUGGGCCGUAUGAGUCUGAAUCUCGAGGCGCAUGGCGGUUUAUAUACGCUUCAUGCACAUUUAAAUCACAGUUGCACUCCAAACGUGUCCGUCAGACAUCUGGACCAACGCAAGGCGCUCUCCCGCAUCACUCUUAAAGCCCUCGCGGACAUUGGCUCCGGAAAAGAGCUAUUCAUCAGCUAUGUCAAUCCCACCUUAGGUUACGCCGAACGACGAAACGCUUUGGCAGAGUGGGGGUUUGUAUGUCAGUGUAAGCGGUGCUUGGAAGAAGCCCGUGAUUGGAAACCGCCGGAGCAGGACGAUCUAGAGAGUGAGUUGAAGGCUGGCUUUGGUGUGAUGUGA